AUGAAGGGGAAGAGGAACAAAAAUGAAAUAAAAGAUGUAGCCGCCGAGGAGGAUGAAAAUGACGAAAAUUAUUAUGAUUUAAAUUUGGAUGAAAGAGAAAUUUAUGAUAAAGAAAAUAUAGGAAAUGAGCGUUUACAUUUUAAUAAAAAAUUAUUUAUUUGCAAACUUGAACAAGUCAGUGGAAAUUGUUUGGCUUUAAUUGAACGUUGGUGGUAUGAUAUUGAGAUAGGCCAAUGCCAGAAUUUCACUUAUGGCGGCUGUGAUGGUAACGAAAACAAUUUUAAAACUAAAUUAGAAUGUCAACAAACUUGCAAACUUGAACAAGUUGUUGGACCUUGUAGGGCAGCAAUACCACGUUGGUGGUAUGAUAACGGUGAAUGUAAGGAAUUCAAAUACGGCGGUUGUAAGGGUAACGAUAAUAAUUUCAAAACCCUUCAAGAAUGUCAACAAACAUGCAACAAUAAUGUGUGUGACCUUGAAAAGGACCCUGGACCUUGUGAUGCUUUAUUCUCCCGUUGGUGGUACGACAAAGGCGAAUGCAAGAAAUUUGACUACGGUGGCUGUAAAGGUAAUGGAAAUAAUUUCAAGACUAAGAAGGAAUGUCAAGAAAGAUGCCAAGUUUACGCAUACAAAAAGAAAUAA